UGCCGCUCCCUCUGGCUCGCGGCUUACUUAACCUGGACGGGCGGCGGAGGCUCGCUCACUUCCUAGUCUGAGAGUCUCCAGCUCCAUGGCGCUCCUCGUGAGGCUGCUGCCCCUCGCGCUGGCGCUGGCCCUGGAGCCCGCAGCCACCCUGGCGGGACCCUCUAAAUCGCCUUACCAAUUGGUGCUGCAGCACAGUCGACUGCGGGGUCGACAGCACGGCCCCAAUGUUUGUGCUGUGCAGAAGGUCAUUGGCACCAACAAGAAGUACUUCACCAACUGCAAGCAGUGGUACCAGAGGAAAAUCUGUGGCAAAUCAACAGUCAUCAGCUAUGAAUGCUGCCCUGGAUAUGAAAAAGUCCCAGGAGAAAAGGGAUGUCCAGCAGCCCUGCCACUGUCAAACCUUUAUGAGACCCUGGGAGUCAUUGGCUCAACCACCACACAGCUGUACACAGACCGCACAGAGAAACUAAGGCCCGAGAUGGAAGGGCCCGGUAGCUUCACCAUCUUCGCCCCCAGCAACGAGGCCUGGGCUUCCCUGUCUGCUGAAGUCCUGGACUCACUGGUGAGCAAUGUCAACAUCGAGCUGCUCAAUGCUCUUCGCUACCACAUGGUGGACAGACGGGUCUUGACGGAUGAGCUGAAACACGGCAUGGCCCUCACCUCCAUGUACCAGAAUUCUGACAUUCAGAUCCACCACUAUCCCAAUGGGAUUGUAACUGUCAACUGUGCUCGGCUGCUGAAAGCUGACCACCAUGCAACCAACGGUGUGGUGCACCUGAUUGACAAAGUCAUCUCCACCACCACCAACAACAUCCAGCAGAUCAUCGAGAUCGAGGACACCUUCGAGACCCUUCGGGCUGCUGUGGCUGCAUCUGGGCUCAACACUGUGCUUGAAGGGGAUGGCCAGUUCACACUCUUAGCCCCAACCAAUGAAGCCUUCGAGAAAAUCCCUGCUGAGACCUUGAACAGGAUUCUGGGUGACCCAGAGGCCCUGAGAGACCUGCUGAACAACCACAUCCUGAAGUCAGCCAUGUGUGCUGAGGCCAUUGUUGCCGGGCUGUCCAUGGAGACCCUGGAAGGCACCACGCUGGAGGUGGGCUGCAGUGGGGACAGGCUCACCAUCAACGGAAAGGCCAUAAUCUCCAAUAAAGAUGUCCUGGCCACCAACGGUGUGAUCCACUACAUCGACGAGCUACUCAUUCCAGACUCAGCCAAGACGCUAUUUGAAUUGGCUGCAGAGUCUGAUGUUUCCACAGCCGUUGACCUUUUCAGACAAGCUGGCCUCAGCACCCAUCUCUCUGGAAAUGAACAGUUGACUCUCUUGGCCCCUCUGAAUUCUGUAUUCAAAGAUGGAACCCCUCACAUUGAUGCCAGUAUGAAGAAUCUGCUUCUGAACCACAUUAUUAAAGGCCAGCUGGCUUCCAAGAAUCUGUACCAUGGACAGACCCUGGACACUCUGGGUGGCAAAAAACUGAGAGUUUUUGUUUAUCGUAAUAGUUUGUGCAUUGAGAACAGCUGCAUUGCUGCUCAUGAUAAGAAGGGGAGGUACGGGACUCUGUUCACUGUGGACCAGGUGUUGAGCCCCCCAAUGGGGACCGUCAUGGAUAUCCUCAAGGCGGAUAAUCGCUUCAGCAUGCUGGUAGCUGCCAUCCAGUCUGCAGGGCUGACAGAGACUCUCAACCGAGAAGGAAUAUACACAGUCUUUGCCCCCACAAAUGAAGCCUUCCAAGCCAUGCCACCAGGAGACCUGAACAAACUCUUGGGCAAUGCCAAAGAACUUGCCAACAUCCUGAAAUAUCACGUUGGUGAUGAAAUCCUGGUUAGUGGGGCCAUUGGGCCCCUGGUGCGGCUGAAGUCUCUCCAAGGCGACAAGCUAGAAGUCAGCUCUAAAAACAAUGCAGUUUGUGUCAAUAAGGAGCCUGUUGCUGAAGUUGAUAUCAUGGCCACAAAUGGUGUGGUCUAUGCCAUCUCCAGUGUCCUGCAGCCUCCAGCCACCAGACCUCAGGAGCUAGUGGAUGAGCUUGCCGACUCUGCACUUGAAAUCUUCAGGCAGGCGUCAGCAUAUUCCAGGGCUUCCCAGAGCUCUGUGAAACUAGCUCCUGUCUAUCAGCGGUUAUUAGAAAGGAUGAAGCACUAGUGCGAAGAACCACAGGAGGAAUGCAUGACAGCAGCUCCCAGCCAGUUUCUCUCAGUUUGCCAAAGAGACUGAAAUUUUUUGUUUGUUUAUUUGUUUUUAAAGGAAAUAUCACACUUCAAUGUCCAUGGGCCAGACUAUAAUGAGAUCUGAGCCCUGGCUUGUUAGGGAGGGGGAGGGGGUUAGAUGGGAGAGAGAUGUGCCUUUUUAUUCCCUCUGGAAGCAGCUGUUAACCCACUGCUUGUAGGAUGUCACUGCCUGACAUUCACUUCCGGAAAGGACCUGUCCCAAAUGCGGAAUUUCCUGCCUAAUAUCACAGAUUCCAGAAAAAGGAGCCGAAGCUUAGCAGAGCUCACAAAACAUGAAUCAAAUGAUCCAGAAUUACUGGAGAGUCCUGGCACAGUUUUUUGGAAAGCUCUUUCACAGCUGGAAAAGUGGCAUUUCUUUAUAAGCUAUAAGGUGGACUGCUCUGUCCACAUGGCACAGACACUCCUGUCUGGUACAAUCCAGGUAGGAAGGAGGGAAGGUAGAGCAAGCAGAGCCCAGGAUUUCCCAGGUGUGGCAGUGUGUUUGUAAUAAUAAAACCAAAGAAAUAUAUGUCCACUUGGA